ACUUCGCACUAAAUUAUUGCUACCGAUCGCACUAUUGCGACUUGUCAAACGCUUAAGAAACAUAGAUGAAUUUUGAUCGUAGCAUGUUUAAACUAACUUUUUUCGUUAACGUCAAUUCGUUUAACUGAAAAACUUUUCUGAGAGCUUCUCGAUGCUAUCACGGUGUUUUUUGGCGAUUCAAUUUAUCUGUGUGAUCGGUUCCAGUUAUUUCUUCAUUUUAUCUACUCCUCUACUGUUUAUCUACUCUUCGACAUGUCUAACGUUAUUCUCCACAACGUGAUGAACACCCAAGCGUCGCUGAACACCAAAUAUCAUUGUUUGUAUGGCUACUAUUUCCUUGGAAUCUCUCGAGCGGAUUUGGCCAUUCUUUUCAAGAAAUCGAAGUCUACCAUAAGCAGUUGGAUUACUAGCUAUGAGCAGAACGGUUUGCUAUCUCGGAAGCAGCGGGAACAGGUCUUCCGGAAGUUCAAAGCUGAGCACAGGCGUUGGAUUGUCGAGACAUACAAAGCAAAGCCGGUUCUGUUCUUGGGCGAAUGUCGGGACCUUUUCUUCAGGCAAUUUGGGAAGCAGAUAAGCGAAAGUAGCAUCUGCCGGAUCCUGCACGCUGAGGGCCUAAGCUGGAAGGCGAUCGAACGAAGAGCGCUGCAGAUUCGAGAAGACGAGAUUUUUCGAUAUUACGCGGAACUGAAGGCCAUAGAAUGGGACCUUUACCAUCUCGUUUUCCUCGACGAGGUGGCUGUCGAUAGUCGCGAUAUCUUGAGGACACGUGGAUAUGGCGUACGGGGGGAGCGGCUCAUAUUUCACGGUGAAUUCGUGCGUCGUCCCAGAGCAUCAUUUCUCUGUUUCUUGGGGCUCGACGGAAUGCUAGACAGUUUUGAAACCGAGGGUACAUUCACACGAAAAAUCUUCUUCGAAGCCUGUCGAUCGUUCGCGCUGAAACAUCCGCAAGUGCAAAGGUACCCCGGUUUCAACUCUGUCUGGAUCAUGGACGGCGCGCGGAUUCACUGCGAUGCCAACAUCAUCAAGUACCUCCGAUCUAUAGGCAUUCUCCCGGUAUUCCUCCCCCCGUACUGCCCUUUUUUUAAUCCCAUCGAGAUCGUUUUUGGGCUAGCAAAGAAACGCAUGACGAAGAACUACCAAGAAAAUGCAAACGUCAACCUCUCGUACUUUGCCACAGAAAUUUUCUCAAGCUUUGCUAACUUUAACUGUAAGAAGCUCUUCAAGCACUGUGGAUAUUUGCCAGGAGGAGUAUUUGACCCUUCAGUUGGACUUUCGGAAAAAAACAAAAAUAACUUUGGAGUCGGAUCAAUUGAAUAAACAUCAGUUGUCAUCUACGUCUUAGUUUUUUUUAUUUUACAAAAUAAUCGAGAUUUAUAAUAAAACAAGAAAAAAAAUGAAAACCAUCAACGAGGCGCGUGCUCGUGAUCCAAAAGGUCAGUAACCUGUGAAC